AUGGACGAACAUCAGCAAAGUCUGCUAAGUAACCACAUCUCCCAGGCUGGGGAUGGGUCAGAAAAGGAGCCGGAUGAUGGUGCCCUCAGCUUUGAGAGUGCCAUGUACGAAAACCCGUGGCUCCAGGGUCCCAUGUACCAAGAAACUAACGAAGGAGAGCAGGGCUCCCAAGGUGGAGAGCUGGAGAUCCCCGCUGAAGAGGUGAUCGGGGAGGAGCUGCAGGAGGCUCCUGAUCUGAUAAAGACUCUGGAGCAAGAGGUGGAGGACGAAGUUCACGAAAUAAGUCAGCUAUCCAUUGUGGAGAAGCCUACCAGCACCUCCAUGGCUAAGGGCAAGAGGAGGAGGCGACUCAGCCAGUUGGCGAGGCCCAAGACCAACUGGCAAAGUGUUAAAGACAGGCCGGGGUGCUGUUGUAAGGGCUAUGCCUGGAUUUCCCCACGCAAGACGACCUUGCAGUUCUGCCUCUAUUGGCCCUCUGUGUACUGGACUGAGCGCUUUCUCGAGGACACUACCCUGACUAUUACGGUGCCUGCGGUGUCUUGCCGAGUGGAAGAGUUGGCAAGGCCCAGGAGGUUCUACUUGGAGUAUUACAACAACAACAGGACCACACCCAUCUGGCCCAUCUCUCGGCCCACCUUGGAAUACAACGCGUCUAACCGGCUGAAGGAACUGGCUGUCCCCAAGGUCCGGAAUAACAUUUGGAGCAUCAAUAUGUCCGAGGUGUCCCAGGUGUCCAGGGCAGCCCGGUUGGCAGUCCCCAGCCCACGGAUCCUCCGGCUGGCAAAGCCCAGGGCCCCAGCCACCCUAUUGAAAGAGUGGAACCCAUUGCCGAAACCCAAGCCCCAUGUGUCUGACUACAACCGCCUCCUUCAGCUGGCCAUGCCCAAGGUCCAGUCAGACAAGUGCGUUCCUGACCGCAGCCCUCGUUGGGAGGUGCUGGAUGUCACCAAGAAAGCAGUGGCCACUCCGCGGAUCAUCUCGCUGGCCAAACCCAGAGUGCGCAAGGACCUCAACGAGAGCUACGACCCUUACUACAUCUCUCCAGCCUCCCUGGUGGCUCGGGCGUCCCCGCGCCUCUAUGAGCUUGCCACCCCCAAAAGCAUCACCAAGAAAUUGUGA